GAAUCUAGUUACAAAUUUUCACGAGAAUCGGUUGAAAAUUGCGACCUGUAGAGGAGAACAUCCGGACAUACAAAAAGCAAAUCGAGUUAAAAUGUAGACCUCCGCUGUCGCUGCGGUCAAUAAUUUAUUCGGCAAAUAAACCGAAAUGGUCGAUUUACUUGUCUGACUCAUUUACUGAAGAAGCUGCCUAAACUUUAGUUUUUAGUUACUACGAGUAGUUACCAACAAUGACAAUAAUUGGCGAUUAAAUGUUUGAACGAUUAAAUAAAACCAGAUUCGUGAAAUCAUAUUUAUUUAAAAAAAUUGCACAUCGAUUGAACUUUCCCAUCCCUAGCUGUCUUUUAUACAUGCCUACGGCGACAGUGACACAGAAAAACGUAGAAAUUAUAAGCAUAUUUUUUAAAUCCUUUAUUAUGAAACAAUGGAUUCAUAUAGCUGCUUAAAAAGUAAAUGUAUGAAAAAACAAAGGGUCAACAAGUUGACAUGAGUACAAAAGAGUUUCCAAUUUCUAUUAUUUUACCAUUUAGUAAGCGGUUGAAACUUUGUCUUGUAUACAAGACGACGGCGCGAGUGAAUCGUACUGUCGUUGUCUUGUAUACCGGACCAAAGAGCAUAUAAUCACUACGUUUGUGUACUGUAUCCAGUUUAUUAUCUACUUACGUGAUUGUUUCACGUACCUAUAGCGAUUUGUUAUUGAAGCGGAACACUCCCUACACACGUCAACGUGACAUUGACAAUUUGACAUUAGUUGACACGAAAUGAUUGUAGGUUAUGUUAUGGGCUUAUGGGCAAUGGAAUUGGAAAAUAACGAAAUUUUGAUUGUAUAUUGCCCUUUGUGAAUCAUUAUAAUGUAUAAAAAUAUUUUAUCAAGGUCAUUGCUUGGCAAAUCCGCUAGUUUGUUCAAAGGUUCUGUUGAAAGCGUUAGGCAACUUAACUGCGGGAUUUGUUUAAGAAAUCCUAGGCAAACACCGAAGCCAAACAACCGAGCCUCUCCAGCAAUAGCUAGCAAAUACCAGGUCAUUACAGAUAACAAUGCGACUGUGAUAGAAAAUACGGCAGAAGAGUUAUAUAAGGAGGAAAACAAGUACCCUAUUUUCAGUGACGAAUUCGAUGGUGUUAACCUGGAAAGAGGAAAGAAUGGCGUUUUCGAAAUUGAAGAUUUAGUAUCAUUACUCCAAAGAGAAAACUCAAAAGAUAUAUUUGUAGCAACUGUACCUCAGAGUAUAAACUAUGUUGAUUACAUUUGUGUUGUUAGUGCCCGAAGCAAAAGACACAUUUUAGCAUUGGCAGAGUUUGUCAGAAAAGUUUACAAGAAGAAAUGUUACAAGUCUGAUUCAAUACCAAGGAUUGAAGGCAAAGAUUCUGAGGAAUGGAUGGCAUUAGAUUUAGGCAACAUUGCGCUGCACAUUUUCUCGGAGAAAACAAGAAAGGUCUAUGAUCUAGACUCUUUGUGGGCAGUAGGACCAGAAUAUGAUGAACAAAUGAAUAAGAAACAUGAUGUAGCAGAUAUUUUCCAGAAUUAUAGUGAAUAUCUGAAGGACCUUAAGCCACUAGCAUAGCUGUUUAAUUAACCAAUAAAACUAUUAUUUCAAUCA